GGGUUGUCUGCCGACCACGAUUGACUUGCAUCCUCCAGGCCAUGGACGAAGCCGACGCUCUCGGAGCCUUGGCCAAUGCCAUUACUCUCCUCACUGAAAAUCCAUACGACUUGGCCUUGCAUGCGCAGCAUGUCCGCCUUGCUCGUGAGACAGGCAUGGAGGACCAGCUCGAAGCCGCCUUGGACAUGGUCACAACGUUCUGGGCUGCUGGGGACUCCAUUUGGCUCCCUCUACUCGACAUCAGGAUGAAGGGCUCCGAUUUGGAUACCGCUAAGGGUGCUACGAGCACACUUGCCUUGUUCGAGCUGGCGGAACGAGACUACCUAUGUAAGUACUGCAUUCUAG